UCAUCUCUCCAGGAAGAUGAAGAGAUAGAUAUGGAGGCUGUCAACUGGCAGCUGAACAACACCUCCAUGAAUGGGCAUUCAUCUACUCCAACCACAGUUCGCUUUCCCAGCUGGGUCACUUUUGAUGACAACGAAGUCAGCUUUUCACCACAGAACCAUUCUCCGUUGAAAACAGAAACCCCUCCUGCAGAAACACAGAGUCCAGAUGUUAACUUUAACGUCACUACAUCCUUUAAGAAAAGAGAACGUCCUAAAAGCACAUUGGGAGACCUCACCAAAAUUCAAAAACUCGAUCUCUCCUCCUUAACCAAGUUGCCUUCCGUUGAAACACCACCAUGGAGUGCUACUAAUCCCUUCCUAGAUGAAUCUCUGCGAGAUGUCCAACCCUCACCCAUCAAUCCGUUUAGCUCAUUCUUUGAGGAGCGAGACAGGCGUUCCAAAAGCUCUUCUGUCUCCAGUGCUCCAGGCAAAAGCCAAAGAGACUCUCUCAUUAUUCUUCAUCACGAGCCUGAUACCAUCAGUUUCCAUGAAGCAAACAAAAGUGUAACCCACACAGAUGCAGUAGAGCAGCUCAAGCAACUCCAGAUUGGAGACCCAGAUCAUGUGAGCAGCUCUACCUUGCCUGACGAUGACCCCAUGAUGCCAUAUGAUCUGGAUGCAGCCUCAUUUAACCUGGCACCAACUCAGCCAAAGGAUGGAUGGCCAAUGAUGCUCAGAAUCCCAGAGAAGAAGAAUAUUAUGUCAUCCAGGCACUGGGGACCAAUAUACGUCAAGCUGACUGACAGUGGAUAUAUACAGCUUUUUUAUGAGAAAGGACUGGAGAAACCUUUUCGGGAAUUCAAACUUGAAAUCAACCAUGAGAUUUCAGAGCGCAAACUCCAGAACUAUGAUGAGAAUGGAAGGAUACAUAGUGUGCGGUUGGACCGCACAACCUACAAGGAGAAAAAGAAAUAUCAGCCUAAGCCAGCCAUUGCUCACACAGCAGAGAGAGAGCAAGUUAUCAAGCUUGGAACUACAGAUUAUGAAGACUUCCUUAGCUUCAUCAGUGCUGUGCAAGACACACUGAUGAACUUGCCAGCCUCAUCAACAGAUCUGAGCACAGUGGGACUAAACUAUCAAGAAGAAGAAAUCACAGUUGAUGUCAGGGAUGAGUUUCAUGGCAUCUUGGCCAAAGGAGACAGUGUGAUUCUGCAGCACAGUGUGCUGACCCAUAUCUAUGUUCUCAGCUUCCUUUCUGGCCUGGCCGAAUGCAGACUGGGCCUUAAUGAUAUCCUGGUCAAAGGGAAUGAAAUCGUUGCAAGGCAGGAUAUUAUGCCCACUACUACCACUAAGUGGAUUAAAUUAUAUGGCUGUCGGUUCCAUUCAUGUGUGGAUGAGGAUAUGUUUAAUAACUCCCGUAUUAUCCUGUUCAACCCCUUGGAUGCCUGCCGGUUUGAACUGAUGCGAUUCAGAACUGUUUUUGCUGAGAAAACUUUGCCUUUUACUCUGAGGACAGCUGCCAGCAUCAAUGGUGCUGAGGUGGAGGUGCAGAGCUGGCUGAUGAUGUCCACAGGGUUCUCUUCCAACCGUGACUCUUUAACUCAGGUCCCUUGUGAAAACGUGAUGAUCCGCUACCCAGUGCCAAACGAGUGGGUGAAGAACUUCCGCAGGGAGAGCGUCCUGGGGGAGAAAUCUCUGAAAGCCAAGGUGAACAAGGGGGCCACUUUUGGAUCAACCAGUCUGUCUGGUUCUGAGCCAGUUAUGAGAGUAACUUUGGGAACUGCCAAAUAUGAGCAUGCCUUUAAUUCCAUCGUAUGGAGAAUAAACCGACUGCCUGACAAAAACUCAGCUUCUGGCCAUCCUCACUGCUUCUUCUGUCACUUAGAGCUUGGCUCUGACCGCGAAGUGCCUUCCAGUUUUGUACGCUAUGUAGAUGUGGAAUUUGACAUGCCCACCACGUCUGCGUCCAAAGCCGCUGUUCGGUCCAUCUCUGUUGAGGACAAGACUGACGUGAGGAAGUGGGUCAACUAUUCAGCACACUACAGUUACAAGGUCGAAAUAGAGCAGAAAAAAAGCUUGACUGAGGAUCUGAAGGGAGAAGACACUGCGAAUGUCAAUGAAUGUGCUACGCAGUGA